AUGGAUGGACUCGAACAGCUUGCAGCCAAGAAGGCAAAACUUGAACAACUAUACGUCGGGAAAGAUGUCGAAAACGUCCCCAAGCCAUCCAUAAUCUUGGACAUCGCAAAAGCGCGUCGUCAUUGCUCCUCGAUGCUGGCCGCGACAAAGGCGCUAGGUGUUGCUUUUAGACCCCAUAUAAAAACACACAAGACAGCCGAGCUCACGAAACUCCAAAUCGGCGAUGAGACUGAUAACGUGAAAAUCGUGGUAUCAACUGUGGCUGAGAUCGAACAUGUCCUGCCGCUAUUGAAAGGCCUCCGAGCGGAUGGCCGCCAGGUCAAUGUAUUAUAUGGAUUACCAUUGCCGCCUUCACAGAUCGAUCGAGUCGCUCCAAUCGCACGUCAACUAGGCCCCGGCGGCAUUUCAUUCUUGAUAGACCAUCCAUCACAGCUCGGCCCACUUCGUCGUUUCUAUGAGUUGGCGGGGUUUCCGGGUGGGGUAUUCCUGAAGGUAGACACUGGCUAUCAUCGAGCGGGUCUUCCGCCUGAUUCUCUGAAUAAGAAUGGCCUUCUCGAAGCUAUUACUCAGCUCCACCUUGAGGAUAAAGCUUUACUAGUGGGGUUAUACUCUCAUAGCAGCCUAAGUUACCAAGACACAACCCCUCAGCAAGCCAUGGAUAACCUAGCGGGAGAAAUUCGAGGGUGUGUAGGUGCGGUGCGACACAAUCACCAAUACUUUCCCAGCUCGCCCUUUGAGCUCACAAUCAGCGUCGGAGCUUCACCUCAAGUCACUUCUAUCCAGAACUUCGCAGAAGAUGUCGGUCUAGAAAAAGGAGCUACCGAAACCUUGGUCCGCACUAUCGGGGAUAUUUCAUCAAGAGAAUAUGGGGGAAUCGACGUUUCGCUCGAACUCCAUGCUGGCGUUUACUCUAUCCUAGACCUUCAACAACUUGCUACUAAUUCCAGGAGCACCAUAGGCAGAUUCGAGGACGAAAUCGCAAUUUCAGUUGCUGCUGAGGUAGUAAGCGUCUAUAACGACGGCGAACGACAGUAUCCGGAGGUCCUAGUUGCGGUUGGGGUGUUGGGCUUAGGGAGGGAACCAUGCCCCUCCUACGAUGGGUGGGGAAUCGUCGGCUCGAUGCCGACGCUAGAAAAUAGCGAUCUCGAACGAAGACUUAUCAUUAAAAGAAUCAGCCAAGAGCAUUCAAUUGUGUCUUGGGAUAUUAGUAAGAAUGAAGUGGCGUCGCAAAGCUUGUCCCCUAUUCCACUUGAGGUCGGUCAAAACGUUCGGAUAUAUCCGAAUCACGCUUGCAUCACAGGAGCAAUGUAUGACUGGUAUUUCGUGGUAGAUUCUAGUCAGCCGGGCGGGGCAACAAAGAUUGUUGAUAUCUGGAUGCGAGCUUCGGGUUGGUAAUCGCUAUCCUACACUGCCGCCAGGCUUUUGGGAAGAAUUGGAUCGUUUUCACGCCUAUUAAGUAAGACAUUUGGCGCAAGCGGUGCCGGUCAUAGGAAAUAGGACAUACGACGUGUUCGGUGGGGCAACAUUAGAAGCGACCCCGCGGGGCCGGCCCAAUUACA